AUGUCGGCACCUUCGACAGACAUAUCCCAGCUCUCGGAAGAGCAGCAACUGGCACUACAACAAGUUACGUCCGUGACAGACCAGGAUCUUGAUACAGCUUUGGCCUUGCUACAACGCUGUCAAUGGAAUGCUCAGAUCGCCAUCACACGCUUCUUCGAUGGCGACGCUGAUGUUGUCGACGUCGAUGUGCCUCCGCCGCAAGACUCACGCCGAUCCGAGAACCUGGCUGCCAGUCUCGAUGCCGCCGCUUUCGCCAGAAGCAGACCUACCCAGCAUGGCUUGCAACAAGCUCCGCGCGUUGUGCCUACGCCAGAAAGCCAGCUGACCCAGCCCGCACCCUUCGUCUUGCAACUGCUCUUCCUGCCCUUCAACCUGACCUACUCCAUCUUCAGCCGUGUCUUUGGCGCCUUAGGCUAUUUCUUCCCCAUCAUACCUCGCCUUCUACACCGUCUCUUCCCGCUACAAUCAGCUCGAUCCAACAAUUCCGAUAGACGCCCACUAAACCCUCGCGACACAGCUUCCCGCUUCAUCCGUGAUUUCGAGGAAGAGUACAACGUCGAAUCAAAUACCAUCCCCUUCUUUGAGAAUGGCUAUGCCCAAGCUUUUGACCUGGCCAAACGCGAUCUCAAGUACAUACUGGUCAUUCUGCUGUCUCCCGAGCAUGACGAUACUGCCCCAUUCGUCCGCGACACCCUACUCUCGCCCCAGAUCAAAGAAUUUAUGCAAACACACGCCUCGAAUAUGAUCGUCUGGGCUGGAAGCGUUCAAGACUCGGAAGCAUACCAGGUUGCUAACGCCCUCAAUGUCACCAAGUUCCCCUUUACUGGCUUGAUCGUACAUACUCCCUCUGUUUCCUCUACCUCCAUGUCACUGAUCGCUCGUGUCGCUGGUCCUGUCUCCCCCUCGGAAUUCCUUGCCAAGAUGCAAGAUGCCAUGCAAAAACGUGAUCAAGAAUUGGAAGGUGCAAGGAGACAGCGCUCCGAACAACAGGCUUCAAGAACUCUUAGAGAAGAGCAGAACAGCGCAUAUGAGCGAUCGUUGGCUCAAGAUAGGGAAAGAGCUCGUCAAAGAAAAGAAGCUGAAGCUGCUCGCCAAAAAGCAGAGAACGAAGAAAGAGAACGAGCAGAAGCGAAAGCACGAAAGGCUCAAAACAUCUCGCAGUGGAGAAAAUGGCGUGCACAAUCAUUGCCCCAAGAACCUGCUUCGACUGUCAGCGAUGUAGUGCGUAUCAGCGUCAGGAUGCCGUCUGGCGAAAGAGUGAUACGUAAGUUUGGUGCCGACGCGCCGCUCGAAGAGCUAUAUGCAUUUGUCGAAUGCUACGACAUUAUGCAGAGCGAUGAAGCGGCAUCAGAGAAGGACGUCUCUGAACCAAGCGGCUACAGCCACGAGUACGAGUUCCAGCUAGUAUCGCCCAUGCCUCGAGAAGUGUACAACCUUGAACAGGGUGGGACUUUAAAGUCUCGCGUUGGGAGAAGCGCAAAUCUGAUGGUUGAAAAGUUAGUAGAAGAAGAUGACGAGGAUGAAGACGAAGGAGAGAACCAGGCAUGA